UCUGCCUUUCCAUCUUAUGUGUUAGUUUCUUUCGCAUUCUUGCGAACUCCAUGGCCAUUGGCCACGUAUGUCACUGUAUGUGUCACGUGAGCCGCGGUAUGAGGACUGUAUGAAGAUGCGCGGAACAGCUGGUGUUUAUUUCGUAUCAGCUUCUACCUCCGUUUACAGUUUGAACUUUACGUUUCUCUUUACAUUUUUACGGCACUUCGUUGGGAUCCUGCCCGCUACUCAUGUGCAAAUUACGGUCAAAAAUUGUUAGUUUCAGUUAUAAUUAAAUACAAUUAGCGUAUAAUAUAAGAUGUAAUAGAGGGUGGAGCCUCAUUGCUAUUUUUUUGGUUUAUUAAAAAAUAAUGAUACAAUAACUUUAAACGUGUGUAAGGAAUAAUUGAUUGUGCGAUAGCAACAAAAAGAACUAUAAAAAAUAAUACCGAAUGUGAGCUAAAUUAUUUUUUUUAUAUGUACUGCGAUUUGAGUGCAGUCUUUUGUGUCAUAGCAUGACAAAGUUUACCUGUUACUCUCCAAUGGCGGAACCGGAGCAAGCGGAACCGUCAGAAUGGAAAAGACCAGACCAGGUGAUGCAGCUGCAUCGCCUCAAAAUGAGAAAGCGAGCAUUACAGGCCCGAAUAAGAGGUUCGACCACAGCGGGCCCCUCGAGCACUGAAACUACCUCUCCCGAAUGUACCCCAUCACAGACAGGACAGAAGAGAAAGAACCCAUUUGCAAGGGAAGAUGUUAAUAAAAAAGUAAAGGAUGUGCCAACGCCGGAUCUGGAAGUGAGCAGCGAUUCGGUGCUAUUUGAACUUUUUCAUAUAGAUGUUCCAAAGGUUGAUAAAACAUUUGGUACAACUCCGAACGUGCAAUUAUCCUUUGCUAGUGUUCUUUCAAAACUAGACAGCGGCGAUGCCAUUACCGAACCUAAGGCUCCAAAAGGCAGCGAGUACAUUCCUAUAGACUGGACAUUAAAAACAAAAAUGCGGUUCAUGUCUCCUAAACCUUUUGCAUGGAACGUCAAAUUAAAGACCAGCGAAGAAGCUUCGGGUACGACAGGAUUCGUUAGGUGCUUGGAUAUUGGAGAGAGGAAAACAACAUUAGAUACUAGUCCUAAUGCAAGAUUUCAUCAAUGCUGCUUGGUCUGGCAACAUCCGUCGAUACCUUGGCUCGAGCUCUUUCCUCGCUCAGGAGGCAGAGUUAGUGCCAGCUUGGCAAGCAACUUAGUACUGUCAAACAAUCAAUUUGUAAAGGACGCGCUGUACCAAGAGUGGAGCGAGAGCUUUCGAUCCCUGUUUCACUUAGUGCGAGCAAGGCAAUGCCCUUACUUUUAUGUUUGUGCCAAUGCAUUCACCGUGCUCUUUCGAGCAGCUGGAAUAUGUGGACUAUCAGAGGUUCAUGCUUUGUUAACCCCUACGACUCGCGGGUUUCGCCAGAUGUUGAAACAAGAAGACAUAGAGUACUCGAUGCCACUAAGGACUGAUAGCAAACGGCGCUCUGAUACAACGGACUCAGGAUGUGAUACUCUGGAUCUUUCAAAUGCAACGGCACCUUUUAAUCAUCUAGACGAGCAACGCGAAGGAGAAGAGGAAGAUGACGAACCUGAAGAAAAGUGGCUUCAGAGUAUCGGUGUCGAGGAUUCCGAAAUCCGUAGGAUCAACACUAUUAAUUCACGGUUAGCUCUAGACAAGGAAAGUGAGAUCGACAACAUGAAGCAAUCUCUAGUCUUUGUAAAAGGUGUAGAGGCACAGGCUCUAUUUAAUUUCUUAAUUAACUGCAAAUCUGCAACUUCUACAACAGGAGCACUUGCUGGUGUACCACCAACUCUUUUGUCUCCCGUAGCUUUCCAUGGAGCAACGCUGAAACCACUCAAGGUAAAGGAAAGCGUGGUUUUAGUCGAUAAGGACAGGUAUCACUCCUUGGAGUUAAAGGGUCCCCUUUUGCCUCACGUGAUGCCUUCGUUGUGUCGAUUGAUGGAAUCUAGUCAGUUGGAAAAGUUCUCGUUGAGUUGUGCCCAAUUGAGCUCAACAUCUUCGUUUACAUCAGCAAAACACGGCCAUGACGAACAACCGGAAUCAAGAGACGAAGAUAAGUUACUGCAGAGUGUAUUUGGCCAGGAAAACCUUAGCGAUUGCGGUUUCACUUCGGAUUUAUUGGUGCACUUCUGCAACCCAGAUCCGAAUCGCAUUCAGGUCGUAGAAAGCCUGAAAUUUUCCACUGAGGGUUACACGUGGACUUGAUGUGUACGUAAAAUCUCUUAGCAGUAUACGUCGAAGCCCAUCGUACAAAGGUGUCGAUAACUUUAUAAUUGUGUGUGUAAAAAAGUCUGUAUUAAUAAGUCAGGCAGCAGGUCGUACUCAACAAUUGAGCGGAUGCGAUAUUUUUAUAUACAUUUUAUAUGACAUUUUUUAAAACAACUGGCCUCUCAGUUUAGAUAGGAAUUACGUUAAUAUGACAAUUCCGCUAAAAAAGGAAAAGAAAUCAACUCGUAUCUCUCGUAACGUAUUGUGCAAAUGGUUCGACACCCUUUUCAAUGUAGGAAGCCUAAAAAAUUGUUAGCCACAUUUUUCAAAGGGCAAACGGAUGCAGUUUGUAAAAUGUCACCCGACACGAUCUAGUCAAUGCGUUAAUUGAAAAAAGCGCAGCAGUUAGUGAAACUCAGUGACUGACCAAUCAUUGACGCACCUCAAUGUUAGUUUACCGAGUGACAAUAAUUUGACACGGUGACUAUAGAUGCAUUAUUGUACAGAGAAACCAAUCCGUAUUUAAAUUCUUAAUAUCUUCGGAAUGGACGUCGUAUUAGCGAUAACCAUACCGGAUACGCAGGGGUUGAGAGGGGUGCAGGAGUUAGACGACCCCUAAAAAUAACGAAUCGAUAUUCGCCCGGUGCCCCUAAAAGCCAAAAUCAGUGAUCAAUGGUGGGCUAGCUUAUCGAGGAAUUCCUUCGGGCAUUUCGUAAAAAAUUGUUCCUCAGUGCUGGGUACUCGUUCUAAAACAAUACGGGAAGUGAAAAUAGACCGUGUACUAUUUUUUUCGAUGUGGUAGUCCUUGAACCCGGGAUGUUCUUAGGUACAAAAACCUUAUCAAGUGACAAUAUUCGUUACGUUAAUAUACCUCUGUAAGUCCUAUCGUAAAUAAAUUGACUGGGAUAAAUGGUAUCUUUCACGCAAAGAUUUUCCUAUUGAUACAACUGUGCGAAAUUCAGCGUACACGGGUAAUGUAACGAACCGUCUAAGAAGUAUCCAUUAGACGAAAUAACUAUGUCAGCUUCAAGACGUUGUUCAAA